AUGAGGCUUGCGACAGCAGCGUUAAUUUCAGCUGCUGAGAGCAAGUGGGACUCAGCAAAAAAAUGUUGGCACGGACCCACUUCGCGAUACGAUGGAGACAUUGCAGUAACAGAAAGCGGUAAAACUUGUCAGCAAUGGUCCUUAGACGUUCCACACGUUCCCAAACACAGACCAGCAAAUCCAGAGCACAACCAUUGCAGAAACCCUGAUCUUGAUCUUGCUGGACCUUGGUGCUACACAACUGAUCCAGAAACAAGAUGGGAGUACUGUAAUAUUGACUCUUGUGAUGACCAAGAAAGCUAUGUGGUUUGGACCAACUUCGACUCUGACAAUCAAAGCAGUCACUUGGUGAAAGUACAUGCAAAUCCAGAAGUUGUCAGAAAUCAAACCGACACCUCCGGCAGCUUUAGCGUCCAUGCGAUUACAAUGUCAAACUCAACAGAAACUAAAUCAGAAUUUUGGGCCUUAGGCGCCGAUUACAAUAACAAGCGUAUUUACUGGACAGAUUACCGUGCUCAGCAAAUCGGCAUGUACGAUUGGGAGAACUCGGAGACCAGAGAGGGCCUUUACAAAGGCAUGGCUCAUGGAAUCGAAAACUUAGCGGUUGAUUGGGUCACUGGUAAUGUGUACUGGACAGAUUCUGACUACAAAUGGAUUAUGGUAGCAGAUAAGGACUUUAAAUAUUUCAACGCCGUUUACAAAGCUGCCAAUGAUCCAAACGGUCCACCAUACGGUCUUGCCAUUCAUUCAACAAAACAGUACAUUUUCUGGUCGACAUACAAAAUCAUGGGCGCGAAAAUCCUCCGUGCUGACUUGACAGCCGACGGAAUGGACGCAACAAAAUUCAAAACGAUUACCUCUUUCCCAACCGUUCACGAUGUGACUGGUCUCACUGUUGAUUAUUCUGACAAUCGUCUCUACUGGACGGAUUUCCUUGGCUCCGCAGCUGUUGUUUCUUCCUCAGAUUUGGACGGAAACUAUGUUGUCCAGCACUUUCACAGAACUGGAUCAGUCUUCUGGGGAGUUGAUACUUUCGACCAUUACCUCUAUGUUACUGAUAUCUAUCCAAAGUUCAUGAAUGAAGGGAAAAAGUAUAUGCUCUGGGUUGUUACGAAACGAUACAUUGACGAAAAAUGUUUCGAAUCAGAGCAAGAUAACGCAGACAACGUUAACUGUAUUGGCGACGACAAUACUGUCCUAGAAGAGCACUUGAAAGAUGCUGCUAAUGAACAGAAAUCGUUCCGAUAUUCGCUCUCUGGCCGACCUCGAUCUGUUACAGUCUACUCUCCUUACUCAACACCGAUGCAUGAGGUUCCAGACAAUCCCUGCGCAGAGGAUGCUUAUGGUCUGCAGGGUGGAUGCCAACACAUUUGCAUUCCAAGCAAGCCACCAAGCGGCGCCACUAAAAACAGAACUUGCAUGUGCUCUGUUGGAUAUUCUCUUAAAAAGCCCCAACAGGUUGGAUGUUACGCUGAAUUCCAAAGUGCCCCAUACAUGGUUUUUGCCGAUAUUGAUCAUGGCCUCAUCUUCCAAAUGAAAAUGAACGACACUCUCAGCGCCGAGCAACUUGAGAAGCACGAAUACAACGUUAUUCCGUCAGAACUUACCGACGAAAUCCAUGCUCUUUGCGUCGACCAAUCCACUCAAACUCUAUUUUACGCUGACAAGACCAAGAAAAUCAUCGUUUCGAAGCGCAAUUCUGAGCCUGAACAAGUCGUUGCUGAGAACGUCAUUGCUCUCUCUUGCGCCAUUGAUCCAGUCGGAAAGAACAUCUUCAUCGUCGAGUCAGAAACGCGAAACAUUCAAGUCAUCGGUUACAGAAGUCAGGAUAUCCAGCUCCAAAAAACCAUUGUCGACAUCGCCGGUACCUCUGACGUUGACACCCAAAACACUCAAAAUGUCGCCUUGGACCACAAGCGCAAGCGAGUCUGCUGGACAGAUCCUACUUUGACAGAGAACAAGGGUAAAAUCGAAUGCGCAAACUUCGACGGAACAGAUAGAAAAGAAAUCUUCAAUGAGCUUAACUGGCCACAGGGCGUCAAAUUCGAAGAAUUUAAUAUGCUCUUUACUGAAGCUCUCUCUGGAAUCGUUUACGAAGUCAAACUCAGCAAGAUCGAUACCAUCUCAUCGGAAAAGGGACUUUCAGGACAAGAACUUCAAAAUAUCGCCCUUGAUGCAAAUGAUAACUCUGUGACAAUGUACAAUAUUUCAGCUGCUAUGCCCCGAGUCAAGCAAUUCCAAAUGGACGUUGAAACCUACGGCGACUGGAUUUACUACGCUGAUUUGAAACACAAUGCGGUGGAACGAAUCAACCGAAAAACUUUCAAAGAAACCGGAAAUCUUGACAGACCACAGCAAUACGGCCCUGGCGAAUUCUUCUCAAUCGCUUCUCUUCACAUUGUUACUGACAAGCUAUCUGACCAGUAUGACAGCGAAUGUGACUCGUGCGACAGCUCCAAGCUCUGUCUCGUCACGAAAAAGGCUGAUGGAACUAAUGCGUACAAGUGCGAAUGUCCAGAUAACUCAGAUCUCGGAGUCGAUGGCUCUUGCCUUGCUGGAACAACCAAAGAAUACUCAAUCAUCAACUGCCCAACUGCAACAAUCGUCAGCGCUGAUAAAUGCCGACUCGUUGCCGACUACAACAUCGAGUAUCCUGAGAUCGAGUCUGAUGGCCAAAAAGAAUCGCCAGCUAACUUCGACUGGAAUUUCUACACUCGAUUUAGCGGUGGUGAUCGAAACGCAUUCACUUUCUCCGAUACCAACGCCGAUAAAGUUCUCCAACUUAAACAAGGCCGUACGGUUAUCGUCAUGGAAGGAACGAAAAAUGAAGGUGCCGAAGAGGUCCGAUGCACUUGGUCUGUUGAUGUCUCUGUCGCAUCUUGCGACUGGAACAAGGUCAAUCUUCCUUCUGAUAUGGAACCUUUCCAAUCUUCCUGCCAGCCUACUGGACAAUUCGUCAUGCCCGGCGCAAAAGAACCGUCUGGUCAACUCAUUAACAUCCGAUGCAAAGACGGGAACAAACGAAUCCAGCCCUACCUCAAUGGCAAGAUGAUUCAAAAUGUCGAGGAUAAGAGUGUUAGCUUCCGAUCUCUUACGACUUCAAGUGACCUCUCUGAUUGUCAGAAUCGAGAAGAUCUCGGUUCAAAUGAAGAAGGAAUUGUUGCUAAAGAGUGUUCUGUUACUCGUGGCGGCUCGGACUUGCCAAUGAAAUCCAUGCUUUACGAAUGUAAACCCGACGCCGAAGACAACCAGUUCGUUCAUCCAUUCGACCAUCUUAUUGAAGGAGACAUCACAUUCAAGUGUGAAAUUCCUACAACACCACCACGAGGACUCACUCCUUCGGAAGGCCAAAACGACUCCGACGAAGUCACUCCUAAAUCAUUCGACACUGAUGCAGAGAAAACCGCUGAUAGUCCGAAAAAGAAGAGCUUCGCAGGAUUGAUUAUCUUCUUUGUUAUUUUAUUGGUUGCUGUUGUCGGGUUUAUUCUUUACAAGAGAAUGAAGAACGAGUACGGCGGAUUCUCAUUGAGAAAUCUUGUCAGCCGUCCAGCAGCAGGAGCCGAUAUGCAGGUCCCAGCGUCUUCGACCCCUUACGCGGCCAUGUAA